AUGUCCACCUUCAACACCUCUGAAAUUGAAAUCUCUACCUUCUACUUGAUUGGGAUCCCAGGGAUGGCACGUGCCAACAUUUGGGUCUCCAUCCCUAUUUGCUUCAUGUACCUCAUUGCCAUCCUGGGGAACUGUACCAUUCUGAUUUUCAUAAAAUCAGAGCCAUCUUUGCAUGAACCCAUGUACUACUUUCUUUCCAUAUUGGCUCUCUCUGACCUAGGACUGUCCCUCUCUACUCUCCCUACCAUGAUAAGGAUAUUCUUGUUCAAUGCUCCAGGAAUUUCCCCCGAUGCCUGCUUUGCCCAGGAGGUUUUCGUUCAUAAAUUCUCAGCUAUGGAGUCAGCAAUUCUUCUCAUCAUGUCCCUUGAUCGCUUUAUUGAUCGCCCCCCUCAGAGAUACACCUCAAUCCUGACCAGUGCCAGAGUCACCAAAAUUGGACUUGCUUUUUCUUUGAAAAAUGUUUUGUUGAUCCUCCCUUACCCUUUCACUCUAAAACAUCUAAGAUACUGUAAGAACUUCCUUUCCCAUUCCUACUGCCUCCAUCAGGAUGUCAUGAAGCUGGCCUGCUCUGACAACAAGAUCUAUGUCAUCUAUGGCUUAUUUGUGGCUGUCACAGGCAUCCUAGACUUAACAUUUAUUUUCAUAUCCUACAUGAUGAUACUGAAAGCUGUAUUGAGCAUAGCAUUACAGAAGCAAAGGCUCAAGGUCCUCUAUAUCUGUGUUUCCCCCAUCUGUGCUGUGCUAAUUUUCUAUGUUCCCAUUAUCUCCCUAGCUGUUAUCUACCGCUUUGCCAAACAUAGGCCCCCAAUCAUUAAGAUCCUCAUGGCUGUUGUUUUCCUAUUGGUACCACCAUUGAUGAACCCCAUUGUAUAUGGUGUGAAAAGCCAGCAGAUAAGAAAUACAGUUUUAGGGAAGCUGUGUCAGAAACAUAGCUGA